CAGGGGAAGUUUAUUUAUGUACCUUUUUGCGUGUGAUUCAUCGGAAUUUGGAAGAGAACGAAAUUUUCUUCAUAAUUUUCAUAAUUUUAGUACCUUUUCCAUUUUAUUUAGAUUGUGAAUCUUACUGGUCCUACUUAAAAUAUAUCAGUGAUCAAUAGAAAGUAGUGGAAAUUAAAAUGGGCCUUUUCGGAAAGUCGCAGGAACGGAAUCCCAAGGAUAUGGUCCAGGAAUGGUCUUCAAAACUGCGAAAAGAAUCCUAUGCCCUCGAUCGCCAGAUUCGAUCUAUUCAACGAGAGGAAGAUAAAAUAAAACGAUCGCUGAAGGAAGCAGCAAAGAAAAAUGACAAGGAAGUUUGUACAAUUCUGGCGAAAGAAAUUAUACGGUCUCGAAAAGCGGUGAACAAGAUUUACACCAGUAAGGCUCAUAUAAACUCGGUGCAACUGCAGAUGAAGAAUCAGCUGGCAACGGUACGGGUGGCAGGUUCCUUGGCUAAAUCCACGGAAGUAAUGCAGGCUAUGCAAGCGCUCGUUAAGCUUCCGGAAGUGGCCGCAUCGAUGCGGGAAAUGUCGAAAGAGAUGAUGAAGGCCGGUAUAAUUGAGGAAAUGAUUGACGAAACAAUGGAAUCGCUGGAGGAUGUCGAGGAGAUGGAGGAAGAAGCGCAGAAGGAAAUUGACAAGGUGCUAUGGGAGAUUACGGCCGGGAAAUUGGGUGAAGCCCCGGCAGCUCCGAUGGCCGCUCCGGCGAAGGAAGGCGAAGCUUCCGGUGUAGCGUCUGUGGCCGAUGCUGAAGACGACGAGGACGAUAUGAAAGACAUGCAGAGUCGAUUACAGGCAUUGCGGUCGUAAGCAGCUGUGAUUGAAAUAAUUACCGGUAAGUCUAUUUAUGUGACUUUGGCAGGACCUCUUCCUGAGGGGUUGCUCGUUCCCAUUUUGCACCCUUUCACAAUAUAUAGGUUUGUACAUAUUUUCACGCGUAAGAGAAUGAAAGUUAAUCUAGAAGGAAAUCAAGCUCUGCGUCCAUUGAGUUUACGCUGUUUCGGAAAAAAAUGAGGAUGGCAUUAUUUGCCACAUUGUAAAAGAUGUUACGCGAUCGAAAGGAAACUUCAGUGAAAAUGUAUUAAAAUAUAAUAAAAUGUUUAGGAUAUAUUAGACUAA